UACUUCCAAUAGGUUUUCCUCAAAGAACUCUCUUCUAACUUUUUCUGCCUUCUCCUUUUCAACAGACAACUGUAUCCAAUGUCAGAAAAUGCCCAACAACAGCUCUGUGAGCGAGUUCCUCCUCCUGGCAUUUGCAGACAUGCGGGAGCUGCAGCUCCUGCACUUCGGGCUCUUCCUGGGCAUCUACCUGGCUGCCCUCCUGGGCAACGGCCUCAUCCUCACAGCCGUAGCCUGCGACCACCGCCUCCACACCCCCAUGUACUUCUUCCUCCUCAACCUCGCCCUCCUCGACCUUGGAUCCAUCUCCAACACUCUCCCUAAAGCCAUGGCCAAUUCCCUCUGGGACACCAGGGCCAUCUCCUAUCAAGGAUGUGUUGCACAGGUCCUUUUCUUUGCCUCUUUGGCUGGUACAGAGUUUUCCCUUCUCACUGUCAUGGCCUACGACCGCUACGUUGCCAUCUGCAAGCCCCUGCACUACAGGAGCCUCCUGGGCAGUAGAGCUUGUGCCCAGAUGGCAGCAGUUGCCUGGGGCAGUGGCUUUCUCAACGCUGUCCUGCACACGGCCAGUACAUUUUCCCUGCCCCUCUGCCAUGGUAAUGCUGUGGACCAGUUCUUCUGUGAAAUCCCCCAGAUCCUCAAGCUCUCCUGCUCAGAUUCCUACAUCAGGGAAGUCUGGGCCCUUCUGUUUAGCAUCUUUUUAGCAUUUAGUUGUUUUAUUUUCAUUGUGCUGUCCUAUGUGCAGAUCUUCAGGGCUGUGGUGAGGAUGCCUUCUGAACAGGGCCGGCACAAAGCCUUUUCCACGUGCCUCCCUCACCUGGCCGUGGUCUCCCUGAUGGUCAGCACUGGCAUGUUUGCCUACCUGAAGCCCCCCUCCAUCUCUUCCCCAUCCCUGGACCUGGUGGUGGCAGUUCUGUACACUGUAGUGCCUCCAGUAGUGAACCCCCUCAUCUACAGCAUGAGGAACCAGGAACUAAGGGAUUCAGUGAGGACACUACUUGAAUACACACAUCUUCAGCAAAUUCACCUAUAAUACUAUGCCUAAAACCAGAAACACCAGCUUUUCUCAGAAAACAACCAAAAAAAAAUUCAUCUAUUAUUAAAUGUUUGUAUUAUUAUUUUAUCUAAUUCUUUCACUUUUUAUUAAAUAACUUUAUUGUUAGCCCCCUAUAUGUCAAUUAUUUUCCUAUAGAAGCCAUCUUCCUGUGUAUAUAAACCCAAUAAGGAAGUCGUCAGAAAUUCCUUUCUCUGAGCGGCCAUCUCUUCCCAUCUCCUCUGCAGCUG